UUGCGCUGGGGCCGCUGGUUCCAUAACAACAUCCCGUUGGCUUCCCUCAGGCGGCAGGACCUUGUGGCCGCCGCCUCCUCCUAGGAGCGCCCGCGCGCCGCUCCUCGGGGCCAGUGCGCUCCUCGGCCCGGGCCACGAUGGCCACCAACCCGCAGCCGCAGCCGCCCCCGCCGGCUCCGCCGCCUCCCCCGCCGCAGCCGCAGCCACAGCCGCCGCCGCCGCCGCCCGGUCCUGGGUCUGGUCCCAGCGCGAGCGGCGCGGGCGGCUCGGGGGCUGGCGCCGGGGACCCGCAGCUGGUGGCCAUGAUCGUGAACCACCUCAAGAGCCAGGGCCUCUUCGACCAGUUCCGCAGGGACUGCCUGGCCGACGUGGACACCAAGCCUGCCUAUCAGAAUCUGAGGCAGCGGGUGGACAACUUUGUUGCAAACCACUUGGCAACACAUACUUGGAGCCCACAUCUCAACAAGAACCAAUUAAGAAACAACAUUAGGCAGCAAGUCCUGAAAUCAGGAAUGCUGGAAUCUGGUAUCGACCGCAUUAUUUCUCAGGUUGUGGAUCCAAAGAUCAACCACACAUUCAGACCUCAGGUGGAGAAAGCUGUGCAUGAAUUUUUGGCCACACUUAAUCACAAAGAGGAAGCUGGCAGCAGCGCAGUUCCUGCCGAUGAGAAACCAGACUCUUCUGUCAUUAUACAAGGUGUCCCUGCUCCUGGGCCCAGUGCUAAUGUAGCCAAUGAUGCCAUGUCAAUCUUGGAAACUAUCACUUCUCUUAACCAAGAAGCUAAUGCCGCCCGGGCCUCAACAGAAAUGUCAAACCCCAAGACCAGUGAGAGAGUGGCCAAAAAGCUCUCCUCUCAACCAAACCCUGACAUUAGUACUGACAAAGAAAAAUCUUCAGAGGACCCAGUGGACAGAGAAAAAACUGCACCUGACUGUGGAGGGGAAGGGCUGGAGAUAGCCCUCAAGUCUGAAGAACUUGGGGAGCUCCAGGGUCCUGCUGAAGAAGUAAAAAACUACAUGAAGGAGAAUAACAGCAUGACUCUGCUAAAUAAGGAAGUUCAGCAGGAAAGCAGUGACCAGAAAAAUAAAUCAACAGACAAAGGUGAAAAGAAACCAGACAGCAAUGAUAAAGGAGAAAGAAAAAAAGAAAAGAAGGAAAAAACUGAAAAGAAAUUUGAUUACUCAAAAAGGAGUGAAGAUACACUGAAAGUAAAAGAUGAAAAACAAGCAAAGGAAAAAGAAGUAGAAGGUACAAAACUUCCCUUAGAAAAGAACAGUAAUAGAACUAAAACCGUUGAAGGGACCAAAGAAGAUUGUUCUUUGGUAGAUUCUGAUGUGGAUGGACUUACAGACAUCACAGUUAGCUCUGUUCAUACCAGUGAUCUUUCGUCUUUUGAAGAAGACUCUGAGGAGGAAGUUAUCAUGUCUGAUAGCAUGGAAGAAGGAGAGAUUACAUCAGAUGAUGAAGAGAAGAGCAAACAGAGUAAAACAAAAACUCAAACUGCUGAUUCCACUGAAGGAAAAACAAAAAGUGUCCGGCACGCUUAUGUUCACAAGCCCUACCUUUAUUCCAAGUAUUACAGUGAUUCUGACGACGAGCUUACAGUAGAGCAGCGGCGACAGUCUAUUGCAAAAGAAAAAGAAGAAAGACUUUUAAGAAGGCAAAUUAAUAGGGAAAAACUUGAAGAAAAACGAAAACAGAAAGCAGAAAAGACCAAGUCUUCCAAAGCAAAAAGUCAAGGCAAAAAUAAUACGGACUUAGAAGAAUCAGCAACAAAGAGUUUGGAACCAAAAGCUCCUAGAAUUAAAGAGGUUCUUAAAGAACGGAAAGUUUUAGAGAAAAAGGUAGCUUUAAGCAAAAAAAGAAGGAAAGAUUCAAGGAUUAUUGAAGAGAAUUCCAAAAAGAAACAGCAGUUUGAAGAAGAGUCUAAAGAAAAUCUCAAAACAAGUGAGCACUAUGAGAAGGAAAAGGCAUCUUCUUCAAAGGAACUAAAGCAUGCUCAUGCAAAAAGUGAACCAACUAAGCCUGCCCGGAGACUGUCAGAAUCAUUACAUUCUGCUGAUGAAAACAAAAGUGAUUCCAAAGUAGAGAGAGAACAUAAAAGACGAACAUCCACCCCUGUUGUAAUGGAAGUGGCACAGGAAGAAAUUGAUACAAGAGAUGGAAAAAGGCAAAUAGAACACCCAGAAAUUGGCACUGAAGAAACUCAGAAACAGAAAAACACAUUUAAAAAUGAAAAGCAUCUAAAGAAAGAUGAUUCUGAAACGUCACAUUUGAAAAGCUUCCCUAAGAAGGAGGUGAAAUCCUCCAAGGAGAAGCCUGAAAAAGAAAAAACUCUGUCAGAAGAGAAAUUGUCUCUGAAGCAUAAAUAUAAGGGUGACAGCACACACAAAACAGGUGAUGAGACUGAAAUACACUCUUCUGAAAAAGGUUUAAAAGCAGAGGAAAAUACUCAAAAGCAAGGUCAACAAACAAAGUCUUCUUCAGAUGAUAAAGCUGAACGAAAAAGUAAACAUAGGAAUGAAAGGAAAUUGUCAGUUUUAGGGAAAGAUGGAAAACCAGUUUCUGAAUAUAUUAUAAAAACAGAUGAGAAUGUACGUAAGGAGAACAACAAAAAAGAGAGACAUUUGUCAACUGAAAAAACCAAAUCAGAGCACAAAUCAAGAAGAUCGAGUGAUUCCAAAAUUCAGAAAGAUGCCCUAAGUUCCAGGCAACAUGCUGUCACUUUACAGAGAAGAGGUGAAAGUUAUUCAGAAGAUAAAUGUGAUACAGAUUCAACUAAUUUAGAUAGCAGCUUAAAACCAGAGGAGCUUGUUCACAAAGAGAGGAGAAGAACAAAGAGUUUGUUGGAAGAUAAACUUACAGUGAAGUCUAAAUCGAAAGGUCAAGGCAAACAACUAAAAGGUGCUGAAACAGAAUUACAAGAAAGUGUCACAAAACAGGCAGCCACUCCAAAACCAGAGAAGGAAAAGACUGUAGAAGAAAAUGACCCAGAGAAACAGCGCAAGCCUAAAGUUGAAGACAAACCUAUAGAAGAAACAGGUGGUGAACCUGUAUUAGAGAGUGCUACUACUUCACAUAAUGUACAGAAAGACUCUAGUCACAGAGCUAAGUUACCCCCAGGUAAGGAGAAAUGCAAAGGUGAGAAGAAUUCAAGCUCCUCCAGACUGGAGAAAAAGUUUUCAGAUGGGCACAAAAGCAGAAGCAUAAAGCACAGUAAUAAAGACAUGAAAAAGAAGGAAGAAAACAAAGCAGAUGACAAAGAUGACAGCAGUCAUGAAAAAUCAAGAGGGAAUGGUUCAGCCGUAGAAAAGAAAUUAAGUAGAAGAUUGUGUGAAAAUCGAAGAGGAAGCUUAUCACAAGAAGUGACCAAAGGAGAAGAAAAAAAUACUUCAAGUACUCCAAAUAGUUCCUCCCUCCAGCGACCAAAAAGAAGUGGUGAUACAUCAAUCCCUGAACAAGAGCCAAUGGAAGUGGAUUCUGAAGCAGGUAUUGGAAAUGUAUUUGAAGUAUCUAAAACUCAAGACAACAGCAAUAAUAACUCUCAACAAGACACUGACUCUGAAAACGUUACAAAACAAAAAACUCCUAUCACAGUUGUGAAGGAUGAAUUAAGAAUUUCCACUGCAGAUUCAAGAACAGCUGCAGCCUGUAAAUUGGGGCGUGGAACAGGAGUUUCUAGCAACUCAGAAAAGCAUACUGACCAUAAAAGCACGUUGGCUAAGAAAGUACAUGUCCAAAGUGCUGUAUCCAAACCAAAUCCCAAGGAGAAAGAGCUCGUUCAACAGGGAACUCGUGAAAUGAGUGUAGACUCCGAAAUAAGUCACAGAAUGUUGCCUGAUAUCCCUGCAGAAAGUGAUAGGCUGCAGAAGGACAUGAAAAGCACAGCCAGGCCCACUGAAGAGCAACUCACUGCCGGAGGUGUUAUUCUUGAACAUUCCACAGAUAUAAACCCCUCACUGACGUUAAGUUCUGUGAACUUUGUGCCUCAGAACAAACAUCAUGCUUCAGAUAUAAUUCCUGUGGUUGACAGAAGAACCGUUGCAGAAGGGGGCAUAGGUAGCACCUCCCUGGUGGACCACUCUGAUCUCCCUAACCAAAGCUUAACUGUUACAAAAUCAGAAAUCCCCAGGAUAAGUGAUAACAGAGAACAUAGUGAAGGUUCCACAGUUGGUGCCUCAGCAGAAGCAAGCAUGGCUGGUGGAAGUCACAUUUCAGAAGGCCACCAGGCCACUCCACUGGACAGUGAAGAUGGGAAAGUAAAUGCAUUGCUUGCUAGCAAGUCAUCAGACCUGAUUGUGAAAAACAGCAUUAGCAAAGACAGCUUGGUGAAUCCAACCAGGGAAGAAAAUGACUUGAAUAGAGAACCCAUUGUGAAGCAGACAGUUAGAGCCACAGACAGAAAUGCUGACACUGUUGAACCUAGGCAUAGUCAUAGCCCAGGUGAAAUAAACAUACCAGUCAGUGUUGAAAGAAGAAACCGAAGUACUGAGGUAGACACCAGUGGUGAGGGUGAUGCUGCACCCUCCGUUUUGCAGCAGAGCAAUGUAGCCGCUGGGUUUGACAGAGUAGAAAAGGCUUCUUCUCUUCCCACUAGUACUGAAGGGAAGGACCAGGGCAUCACCUUAAACCCCAUAAAGGGUGGAGAUGCCAGCACUACUUCUUCAGAAACUGGAGAAAACAGAGUGGCUUUGCCAUGCACCAGCAUUGAGGCAGACGAAGGCUUCACAGCAGGCUCACGCACUGGAAACACUCCCCGCCAGUUUGGGGCGGAAGCCAGUGAAUGUACCAUUUUUGCUGCAGCUGAAGAGGGCGGGGGUAUUGUCACUGAGGGAUUCGCCGAGAGUGAAACUUUCCUCACAAGCACCAAGGAAGGUGAAAAUGGAGAGUGUGCAGUGGCCGAAUCAGAAGAUGGAGCCACGGGCCCCACAGCUGCCCAAAUGGGUGAAAUCGAAGCUAGCAGGAACAGUGCUAUGUCUGAAGAAAAAGAUGAUGCAGUAACCAGUGCAGGCUCCGAAGAAAAGUGUGGUGGUUCUUCAAACAGGGACUCAGAAAUAGUUGAAGGGACUGUCACUUUUAUCAGUGAAGUUGAAAGCGAUGGAGCAGUGACAAGUGCUGGUACUGAAAUAAGAACAGGGUCCACAAGCAGUGAAGAGGUUGAUGGGACCCAGGGAGACAGGACAAGAAUGGGUCCCAAAAAAGAAACCGAAGGCACUGUGACGUGCACAGGAGCAGAGGGCAGAACCACUAACUUCGCUAACCGCUCAGCACCUGGAGCAGGGCCCAGGGAGGAGCACAUACCUACAGAGGCAGAGGUGGGCCUGGUAGAUGGCGACGCACCCCCUGGUACCAGUGCUGACCAGGAAGGUGAUGGAUCUGUGACUGACGGUGCAGAGGGCGAGAGUGCGGUCACCAGCACAGGCAUCACGGAGGAGGACGGGGAGGGGCCAGCAAGUUGCACAGGCUCAGAAGACAGCGGCGAAGGCUGUGCUAUAAGCUCCGAAACCGAAGAAAGUGGAGAGAGCGCAAUGGAUAGCACAGUAGCCAAAGAAGUCACUAACGUCCCCAUAGUGGCCGCUGGCCCCUGUGAUGAUGAAGGCAUUGUGACCAGCACGGGCGCAAAGGAGGAAGAUGACGAGGGGGAGGGUGUUGUGACUAGCACGGGGAGAGGGAAUGAGAUUGGACAUACUUCUACUUGCUCAGGUAUGAUAAAUGAAGAAAAUGAAGGGGCAGUGCUUUGCGAAAGUGCCGAAGGGGACAGUCAGGUGGGUCUGACGGCAGACCGUGUGGACACUGAGGCUGGGGUAGCCCUCAUGAGUGCAAAUGAAAGUAACAUUGACAGUGUGAGUGCUGCAGAGAAGGAAAUCAAAGAGAUGGAGAUCUGCUCCAGUGCCAAAGGGAUCGUAGAAAGCAGUGUGACCAGCGCAGCCCCAGGAAAGAGCGAAGUAGCAACAGUUCCAGAAGGUUGUGAAGAUCCCAUGACGAGUGCGGCUUCUGAUCAAAGUGGUUGUCAGCUCAGUAGGAAAGAAAAGGCUGAAGAUACCUCUAUUUCCACCGGCCUGGUGGGAGGCAGUUACGACAUUCUCGUGUCUGGUGCUGUCCUGGAAUGUGAAGUUGACCACACAUCACCAAGUGAAAAAGAUGAAGACAUCAUCACAUCUGUUGAACACGAGUGUGAUGGCCUCAUGACUACUACAGUCACUAAUGAUAUUUCCAAACAAGAUAGCUUAGCUGGGGGUAAAAGUCAAGGCAAAGCCUUGAUGAUUUCCACCAGUACAUCAAACGAUUGCACCCACCAGGUGAGUAUGACUGUAGCUGCAGGAGAAGGCCAUUCCAGUACCCUGAGAAGUGAAGAAAACACGGAAAGCCCCAGGAUAAACAUGGAAGAAUUUGAGGCCCCCACACCUAGUGCAGUUUCAGGUGAUGCAAGCCAACUUUCUGCUAGCAGCUGUGAAGAGAAAGACGAGUGUGCCAUGAUUUCCACAAGCAUAGGGGAGGAAUUUGAAGUGCCUAUUUCCAGCGCAGUAACUAUCACGUGUGCUGAAGGUCAGCUGCCCGUUGCAAGGGUUGAAGACAGAGCUAAAGGUCCAGUGUUGGUGAGCACCGAGGACUUUGAGGUGCCCAUGCCCAGUGCUCCCACGGAAGUUGAAAGUCCUCUUGCCUCAACCAGUAAGGAAGAAAAAGAUGAGUGUGCUCUCAUUUCCACCAGCAUAGCAGAAGACUGUGAGGCAUCCGUUUCUGGUGUAAGCGAAAAUACACAGCCCAUUACAGAUGGAAAUGCAGUCAUCUCAACAAGCUCAGUGGAAGACUGUGAGGGCUCUGUGUCCAGCGCUGUCCCACAGGAGGUCGCCUGCCCUUUGGUCACACCAACAGAAGAGACAAAUGACACUGCCAUGAUUUCAACGAGUACUUCUGAAGGCUGUGAGGCAGUCAUGAUUGGUGCUGUCCCCCUGGAUGAGGACCAGGCCACCACUGCAAGAAUGGAAGACUCCAGCGAUGCUGCUAUCAUCUCCACCAGUACAGCAGAGUGUGUGCUGGUGAUGGCCAGCCUGGAACAGUGUAGGGAAAAUCAGCAGGCUGCGAGCAACCCGGAAGGAAGUGCUGAGCUGUCAGCAGCUGUGGUGAGCAAGUGUGAGAUUCCCAUGCCCAGCCUAAUAGUUGACAAUAACAGCCAGUGCCCUGGGCUGAUCACAAGAGACAAAAUAGAGGGCCCGAUGCUAGCAGCAAGCACUGAGGAAGGGCUGGACCAGUUGCCAGUCUGUGAGCCCUCACGUGGCCAAGGCCAACCAAGUGCUGAGUGUGCCGGAGAGAGGGAGAAACACGGCAGGGACUGCCCUCAGCAAGACCUAUGCAUAGCAGAAGGGCAACACCAGAGCGCUUCACAUCUCCUAAAUGUGGAAAAGAAUGUGUCAUUGAGCCCCAUUCAGACUGAGGCCGAAAGCCCAGAAGCUGAGAAGGUGGAGGGUAAUGGCAUGGCCCAUUGUUCAGCAGGAGGGCGUGUGGAGAGCAGUACUACCUCAGCUGCCCACCUGAGGGGACAGGAACAGACAUUUGGGCAGCCGGCCGAGGGCCUCUCUGUCAGUACUCACUCUCCAGCAGCAGUGAGUACCGGUGCUAAAAAGGCUGAAGACAUGCCACCUAUCAGAGACACUGCUGCAGGGUAUUCCUCUCUUCCUCCUGACCAGCAUGGUCCUGAAGACAACGCCAAAUCCACUGCCCCCAAGUUGAUUGUGGGCCAAGAGUCAGAAAUUGCUCCUUCCCACACAGCAGUCCUUCCCACUGCCUGCCACCUUGCUGCGUCUGCCCCUGGAUGUGAGGGAUACCUGAGUGCGGGGCAUGGCUGUGGUGGCCAGCGGACUGAUGUGGCAGCUGCUGAGAAGAUGGAGGAAGGGCACAGCAUGAGGACACCACUCCUUGGGCAGGGAGACCUUGAGGUUCCUGUUGGUACAGAACAAAAUCUGUGUGACAAAGGCAAUGAAGAGUCUUCACCAAAAGUUUUAGAAGGAUCAGAACUGACAGCCAACUUGAAAACCAAGACAUUUGUGCCUUCAGGAGAACCAAAAAACCAAGAAGUUCUAGCAGUGUGCAAAAGUCUGCUUGAGGGAAAGCCAAGUGCAGUGGCUGAACUACAGAGAAAAUCUCCAUUGCUGAGUGAAUCCCUAAAUGUUGAGAACUCAGGCUCAGAAACAAAUGAAGAAAUUCCUAGUAAAUCUUGUAACAAAGGAGAGAUAUCCAGUGACAGAAAAGACAACACAGAGACCACAAGAGGCCACAGUACUGAAGCAGACCCUAAAGAGAUUGAAGAGGAAGAAAGGCAUGACCCUAAAAGGAAGGGGAAGAAGCAUUACACUUCCUCAGAAGAUGAGCUGGAUGAUAAUCCAGAUGUCCUGGAUUCCAGAAUAGAAACAGAACAGAGACAGUGCUCUGAAACUGAACCAGAAGACACAAAGGAAGAGAACGCUGGAGACUUGGAGGAAUUUUCUCAAAUGAAUUCUGAGACACACACAACUGUUUUGAGGACUGUGGAGGAAAAAGAUGAACUGAAUGAAGCUACGGGCGAAAAGACAGAGCAGAAUGAAGAUGACGGCGUCAAAUCACAAGAGGAAGAUCAACCAAUUAUUAUUAAAAGGAAAAGAGGAAGACCUCGUAAAUACCCUGUGGAAACAGCAGCAAAAACAAAAGAAGACUCCAAAACAGACACUGGCAGUAUCUCUGUAGAGCAUUCUCCACCUAGCAGCAAGCUGAAAGCAGCACAAGCAGAUGAGUCCAAUAGAGAAACAACUAACCUACAAGAAAGAAGUACAAGCAAUGAUGACAGUGAAGAAAAAACAGUAGCAAGUGCACGGCGGAGAGGAAGAAAGCCGAAACGUUCACUCACUCUGUCAGAUGACGCAGAAUCCUCAGAGCCGGAACGAAAACGCCAGAAAUUGGUUUCCGAAUCAACUGAAGACAAGAAAGAUCAGGAAUCUGAUGAGGAGGAGGAAGACGAGGAAGAGGAUGAGCCCUUGGGAGCCACCACACGGUCCACUACCAGAUCAGAGGCGCAGAGAAAGCAUCAUAGCAAGCCAUCUACACGUGCAACAUCCAAACUUGGCAGUCCAGAAACAAUUUCUCCUAGAAAUCGCCAAAACUUAGCAAAAGAGAAGUUACCUACCAACGAAAAAGUUAGUAAAUCUCCCCCAUUAGGAAGAUCAAAGACACAGCUCUCCCCUUCUACCAAGCGCAAGAGAGAAGUGAGCCCUCCUGGGGCGCGGACGCGAGGCCAGCAGCGAGGGGAGGAGGCCCCCGGGAAGAAGGCAAAGCGGUAAUCCCAACCAGCGUCCCCACAGCCUCUGGGAGCUCUGCGGAGCGGACAGGAUGAGCCACCUGUACUGCAGGCAAUUUUUUAACCAAGAAACAGAUAUGCAUGUGCUGUGAGUUCCUAGAUGCAAGCUUUUUCUUGUUUUAAACAGCUUUAUAAACUAUUGUUCAUAGAAAAUAUUAUGUACAUUUAUUUCAGAUAAAGGAAAAUAAGUUUACUUGUAUCUGAACUCAAAACAAAGUAGUUGUAUAUUUUAACAUUUGAAAUCGGGAUUUUCCUUCGUGACCCAUCACUGAAGCAGUCCUUCCAGCCCAUCAGACCCAGGCUGCCGUCUGGUGGUCUGUGUAUAGUAUAUAAACAUGUAAAAAACAGGUUGUAUUUUACUCUGUGUAUGAUGCUGAUCAAUGAACACUUUAUUUAUUUUACAGAGAAAACUUAUCUGUGAACUUUACUAUAUAUCUGCUUAUUUUAUUUUAUUAUUUUUUUUUUAAUAAAAAGGGUUUUAAAUGCUAUGCAGUCAUUAGUAGAGACUUUUGUAGGACUCUGCCUGCCCUGUAACUCUUAUGACCCGCGGGAAAUACAGAAACUCUCGCAUGUAUCCGAGUAAGGUAGUUUAGCUGAAGAAAGGGUCUCUGUUGCUCUCCUUCCUGUUCACAGUCACGACUGCUUUUUAAGACUAAUUCAUUUUUAGAUUGUACUCGCAUCCCUGACUUUACCACCAGCCUUGUGACGGUAGGGACUCCGGCUCAGGUAAAGUCACUCCCCCACAGCGGGCCCCUCUGGGCGUCCGUCCCUGCGCCGUGCUGUGUGCGGCUUCCCGAGGGAUCCCGUCCCCUCCCUCAGCAGAGGGACAUGCGCUGACUAUUAGGUCACUUCUGCCUCCGCAGCUUCAGGAUUUUAUGUUGUUUUUAUACACAAUUAUUUCCUGAUAGAAGCUGGUUUUAUUGCCAGGUUCUUUUUUAAACAUGUUUUAACUUCCAUAUGAGCAAACUGUCCAACUUAAGUUUUUCAUAAAAUUAAUCUUUUCUUAAGGUCAGAUGUGUCUCUUGCAAUGAUGUGAUGAGUUGCCAAAUAAUUGAGAUUAUUUUAAAAUGUUUUGUUCAUACUCUUUGUUUUAUAAUUAAAAUAUACAUUCAGUGUAUAUGGAUUUUUUUGUUUUUUGUUUUUCGACUCAAUGUAAGGUGAAUAUUUCUGUCAUUUUACAUGGUUUCUUACUGAGAUUUUAUAUAUAAAUUAUAAAAUGUUUCCCUAAAA